CUGUUUUCUAAUCCUGCCUUGACAUCCUCUCACUCAUCUCCAGCCAAAGCGUCCGUCCCGUCUCAGCGACUUUCGUUUAGACAAACCAACCCCCGUUACUCAAGAUGAAGAUCUCCCCCAGCCUUGUUCUCGCCGUGCAGGCACUCUCUGUCCUUGCCCGUCCCUCUCCGAAGGGCGCCAAAGCCACUGCUGUUACUACUGUGGCGGCAACGACGGCUGCUGCCGUGGCAACCGCGACAGCAGUUGCAGGAGGCGCUGCCAAGGAAGAAGAAGAGAAGGACCCGAACAAGGUCGACCAGAGCGGCCAGUUUGGCGCCGCCAUCAACCUAACUGGCGGUGACAUCCAGACCGACGUUAUAUACCCCCCUGGUGUUAUCGGCCAGCUCGAAAUUGAGUUCAAGAACCCAGAUGCUCGCGUUCUGAGAGUCACCGAGAACACAACCCCCGGCAACGCGCCCGCCGGCUUCACCUUUGCGGAGCCCGUGUCGUACAAGGUUGAGCUAUCAGGGACUCCCGCCGGCCUGACCCUGUCAAAGGUUGACUACAUUCGCAAUGCCGCCAGCACUGUCGAUAUCAGCAAGGGCCAGAUCGGUCGCCUCUGCGCCGAGACCAAAAGCUUUGUCGUCGGCGCUGGCGUGGGCGAGCUGGAGUUUGAGGACGACGAGAACGAGCUGACGCUCACUGUGGACAACAUGGUCGGCGAGUGGGCCAUCUUCCUCCCGACCGCCGCGACUGGCGGUGCGACCGCUGGCGGUGCUACGAUUAGCAAUAAUGCGAGCCGGCUUCAACAGCUCUUGGAUCUGAUUCUGGUAUCUUCUGGCGCAGCUUCUAAGGCGGCUGGAGGAAAAUAG